AUGGGAUUUGUGCCGUCCAAUAAGGCCGUGGAAUAUCUGGGAUCUGAGUCAUAUGAAGAGGAUCAAGAGGAUAAUUAUAUCAGAAACCCAAAUGAACAAUCUAAUUCUCCUGACCCCAUCAAAGAUUAUCAGCUUCUCGGCUUUGGUCAGAAUAAAAAAAUAUAUGAAUUCAGCUCAAAACAUGAAAAAUCGAAGAUUUGUGUGUCUCCUGAAACAUUUAUUGUUGAUAAAUCAUUCAGAUCAGGGCAGGCCUCGGAAGAAAAGAUUAAGAAUAAAGUGGAUAAACAAACGGAAAAUAUAUGUAACGCUAAGAACAAUGAAGUAAGGUUGAAAACAGUGCUUAAAAACGAAAAAGAGUAUGAAUCCAGGGAAGAGCAGGAGUUGAACAGAGAAUCUAAUCUUGAGGAUGAAAGAAAAAGUUAUGGAAUGAAGCAAUCCAAAAAGGUGGUUCAAGAAGAAAGCAUGACAUCAGUCCUCUUAUAUCCUGAAGUUUCAUAUGAAAAAGAUUCUGAUAAGGAAUAUCUUGGUAUUCCUGACAGCUCAAGAGGCGAAUACGACGAUGAUGAAGAUUGUAGGGAAGGUGGCGAAGGAGGCCUUGGUACAGUGUCUAGUGCAGAAACUGAGGAAGCCUCGUCGGCAGCCAUACUAGCUAACGUUCGCACCAACAUUCGAGGUCUAGUUGCCGAUUCACCUGAACGCAUCGGUCCUUUGAUCUCUCUGGCCGUCGAUUAUUUGUGGCAGGCCAGAGAAGAAGCUCCAAAGGGUUCUCGCGAGUUAGCAAUCCGCAAGGCUCUUGACCGGCGCCCCGAAGAGUUUAGUUACGAGUUUGUCGAUGAGGAGGGUGAGUAA